CUGAGCUGAUCAGACAAACUGCUGAAGAUCAAUAGCAACCUGGUUUCUUGGCUUGGCUUCUUUUGGGACACAUCUAUGGGAGAAAGAGGAACUAGAGACAUUCAGUGUUGUUGAGAAGUGAGAUGGCUGAGAGAGGAAAUAAGAUAGAUUCAGGUAAAUAUUCCUGUUCCAUCUGUUUGGAUCUACUGAAGGAUCCGGUGACUAUUCCCUGUGGACACAGCUACUGUAUGAACUGUAUUAAAGAUCACUGGGAUGGAGAAGAUCCGACGGAAAUCCACAGCUGCCCUCAGUGCAGGAAAGAGUUCAAACCGAGGCCUAACCUAGAGAAAAACUUCAUGUUAGCUGAGUUGGUGGAGGAUCUGAAGAAAACUGGACUCCUAGCUGCUCCAGCUGAUCACUGCUAUGCUGGACCUGAAGAUGUGGCCUGUGAUGUCUGCACUGGGAGGAAGAUGAAAGCUGCUAAGUCCUGUCUGGUCUGUUUCAUUACUUAUUGUGAGAAUCAUCUCCAGCCUCAUUAUCAAUUAUCUGCUUUUAAAAAACACAAGCUGGUGAAUCCCUCCAAGAACCUCCAGCAGAGCAUCUGCUCUCGUCAUGAUGAGGCGAUGAAGAUCUUCUGUCGUACUGAUCAGCAGUGUAUCUUUUUUCUCUGCACUAUGGAUGAACAUAAAGGCCAUGAAACAGUCCCAGCUGCAGCAGAAAGAGCUGAGAAGCAGAAGAAGCUCCAGGAGAGUCGACAACAAAUCCAUCAGAGAAUCCAGGACCAAGAGAAAGAUGUGAAGCUGCUGCAACAGGAGGUGGAGGCCAUCAAUGUCUCUGCUGAUAAAGCAGUGGAGGACAGUGAGAAGAUCUUCACUGAGCUGAUCCGUCUCCUCCAGAAAAGAAGCUCUGAUGUGAAGCAGCAGAUCAGAUCCCAGCAGGAAACUGAAGUGAGUCGAGUCAAAGAUGUUCAGGAGAAGCUGGAGCAGGAGAUCACUGAGCUGAAGAGGAAAGACGCUGAGCUGGAGCAGCUCUCAAUCACAGAGGAUCACAACCAGUUUCUCCUCAACUACCCCUCACUGCCAGCACUCAGUAGGUCUAAACACUCAUCCAGAGUGAAGAUCUGUCCUCUGAGACACUUUGAGGACGUGACAGCAGCCGUGACAGAGCUCAGAGACAAACUACAGGACGUCCUGAAAGACCCAUGGACAAACAUCUCACUGAUGGUCACUGAUGUGAAUGUUCUUCUGUCAGAACCAGAACCAAAGACCAGAGAUGGAUUCUUAAAAUAUUCCCAAGAAAUCACUCUGGAUAUUAUUAACACAGAACACAAGAAGCUGUUAUUAUCUGAGAUUCAACCCCAGGAAAACUUUAACGACGUCACAGCAGCUGUGUCAGAGGUCAGAGACAAAACACAGGACCUCCCGGGAGACACAUGGAGAAAAAAUUCACUAAGAUCCAUUAAAGUCGGUGAUUUAGAAUCAAAACCAGAACCAGAACCAAAGACCAGAGAUGGAUUCUUAAAAUUUUCACAAAUAAUCACUCUGGAUCCAAACACCUUAAACAGAUUUCUAUUAUUAUCUGAGGGGAAGAGAAAGGUAACAUUUGUGAACCAUGAACAGUCUUAUCCUGACCAUCCAGACAGAUUUGAUGGUUUAUGUUAUCAGGUUCUGAGUACAGAGAGUCUGACUGAAUGUUGCUACUGGGAGGUGGAGUGGAGAGGAGGAGGAGCUGUAGCCGUUUCAUACAAGAACAUCAGCAGAACAGAAAGACUGGGAUCCAAUGACCAAUCCUGGUCGUUAUAUUAUGACAGAAACAGUUACACAUUUCAUCACAACAACAUUAAAACUCCAUUAGCACGUCCAGUUUCCUCCAGAAUAGGAGUUUAUCUGGAUCAGACAGCAGGUAUUCUGUCUUUCUACAGCGUCUCUAAAACCAUGACUCUCCUCCACAGAGUCCAGACCAGAUUCACUCAGCCUCCAUAUGCUGUGAUUAGAGUUUACUUUUCAUUUUCCUGUCCUGAUGGAUCCUCUGCUGAGUUCAUUAAACCUGAAUAGUCAGCAGUGAUUUGAGGUCCAGUUGGUCU